UUUAUUUUGGACGAAUAUUUGAAUCAUCUUCAAGACGAUGUAUUACCGCCUCUAGCGACCGUCUUCAUAAUUACAUCUAAAUGAAUACGUUCAGUUAUCUGUCAGAACGUGUCAGAAAGUAUCGUCACACCGCGGAACACAUCGCACUUAAUAUUCAAUUUUUUUCUGUUGAUUCACUCAUUCGCACUCGUUCGUCGUCAUUAAUCGUUUGUCCGCUUUUGUCUCCGUUUGUCUCAUCGUGUCGGUCACAUCGUGUAUCUUUGUUCGUCUCAAUUCGUCUUUUUUAUUCAUUUUAUAUUGUUCAUUUCGAUCCAGUCCGAUCCAGUUUGACACAUUCUUAAAAAAAAAUUCAAAAAUGAAAGGAAUAUAUGAAAGGAGAAGUGAGUAUUGAUUUUCGUUGCUUUUAUCCGCUUUUAUCGGUUUUUAUCGGCUUUUAUUUUUAUUCGAUUUAUGUCAAUUACAUUUGUGUUCGUUUGUGUUUUUCAGUUACACGUUCAAUUUCGUCCGUGUUCGAAUUAAAUGGUUUCUCAGACCCAAUGCUCAGGGCUACACAAGCGGCAAAUUCAAUUUUUGUCGUUGAGGUGUGCCCUGAGCUGGAAGUUCAAUUGAGUUUGAUUCAACCACGGAAAAUGCCAAAGCGUCGCCGUUCAACCUCAUCAGCCGGUCUUCGUCAAAUUAAACGACGUCGAUAUUCAUGCGCUGCAGGUUUUCCUGCUCUGAUUGAAUCUGUUGAACCAGAGGCUGCUCUUGAACUGCAGGUCGAGCAAACCGAAAGCCAGCAUAACCAAAUGUCGGAUGGACCAGAUAAUGCGAUAAAUCAUGCAGAAUUAUUCAGACAAGGCGAGAAUGAAUUUUGCGAUGAUGAUGGUGAUGACGUUAUCGCUGGACUAACUUAUUCAGGUUCAGACACAGAUGAAGCAGAAGCUGAUAUGAGUGGAGUUACCGGAGUCACACCUGUUUUGGCAAACAUGCAUGUUGACAAUAAAGAAAAUGAACAAAAGCAACAGCAAAUUACCACAAAAAGGUGGUACGACGGGGUAGUCGUAAAACCUGUUGCUUUUCGUUCAACAUCAAAACAAAGUUUUUAUCAAAACUAAAAUUUCCGAAAAUUUCUGAAAAAAAUUAUUAUUAAAACGCGUUAAAACCUGUUAAAACGACAUGUAAAUGCAUGAAAAUGUCAUCAUAAGCGAUCAUAAGUACAUAUCGGUACACAUACACGCCGACGCACGCCGAUACCCGCAUAUACAUUCGUAUACAUUACCGUACAUUACGGUACAUUACGACAGAUUGCUACGCACGGCGGCGCAUUUCAAUUUUUAAGAUACCGUAAGAUACAUUAUAAACGAUUACAAAUUAAACGAAAAUAAAUCGA